GUUUUGUGUCCGGCUGGUCGUCAGGUUUUGAAGAAAGAAGCUCCUCAGCUUUCUCCAGGAGGAACCUGGAGAACGUUACAGGUUUCAGCAUGUAUGAGAUGGACCCAGAUCAGAACAUGAUUGUUCUGGAUCGCAGGUCGGCUGGAGAACCGGACCGAUCUUCUGGAUCUGGACCUUCUGGAUCUUCUGGAUCUGGACCUUCUGGAGAUGGAUGGAGGCUGGUGAGCCUGGCUCUGUGUGGAGGAGCUCCGUGGGGUUUCACUCUCAGAGGGGGUCUGGAACACGGAGAACCUCUCAUCAUCACCAAGGUUGAAGAGGGCAGUAAGGCGGCGCUGGUGAGGCUGCAGGUCGGAGACGAGCUGAUCAACAUCAACGAGGUUCCUCUGAGCGGCUACAGACAGGAGGCCAUCUGCCUCGUCAAGGGUUCCCACAGGACUCUUACGCUGGUGGUGAAAAGAAAAAAUGAACCCGUGAGCAGGCCUCACUCCUGGCACUCCACCAAAUUUAACGAGAGCCAAACAGACCCGGUGAAAACGCAGUGCGCCCCCUCACAGGCGUGGCAGACGAGAUACGAUGCGAGCACGUUCUCCUCUGAUCUCGGUACCGCCUGGGACCAGACCAAUUUGCUCAGAGCGUCGGACCAGUUCAGCUCCCUGGGCAGCAUGGACAGCCUAGAGCAGGGCGCGUACCCGUACCCGCCCGGGCGCCUCUCCCCCAGCAAGUCCAACGGCAACAGCGUGGAACAAUUAGGCGUGGGGAAGCGAGACUCCGCCUACAGCUCCUUCUCCACCAGCUCGGGGACGCCGGACUACACGCUGUCCCGGAGCAACACGGCGUCCACGGAGAACGUGCUCUACAAGGUCAACCAGUGGUCCACCAGCGCUGGCAGGCACGCUCAGAACCCGAGUGACGCCGGGCGGCAGGACGAACGCGUCGCACAUCCUCACCACGCCUCGGGGACCGGCGGUCGGGAGAGCCCGAGAUCGGAGGAGCAGCCGGGUUACCGGAAUUCGUCGUCUGGGAGGUCGAGCUUCACGCCCGUUUGGCACGUCCCCGAGAGCAGGAGGUCGACCGCGCCUUCGCCUCCGCCUCCCGUCCCGCCUGUACGCGUGGAUAGCUUCGCCGCUACCAAAAUCCACCAUCCGGAGGGUCCCGGGACGAAGCUUCAAGCGAGAGUCGGCGAGAAAGUCGCCGAGUUCUCGGAAAGAUCCUACCAUGCCAGCGAUCAAAUCCACGAAGCAGGUCCUAACGUCCUCAAAAGUGGCUCCGGCAGGACGUACUUCCCGUCCGGCGCCGACGUCACGGCGGGUCAUCCGGCCCACGCCCGUCAUCCGUACCAUCAGCGCCAGUACAGCGACGAGAGCACGUUCUACGCCCCCGCCCCGAGGAAUCCGCCCGCGCCCAGGUCUCAGAACGCCAACUUCUCCGGCAGCAUGCAGGACCUACCGAGCAACAGCCACCACGCCCAGGGUUACGCCCAGAAUCAGAUCCGGAGGACCGUCGCGCCCCUGUCCGGCGCCCCUGCCGAUCCAAACCCAGACGGUCAAAGUUCCAGCAGGUAUUACUGCGCCAAAUCCCGACAGUCCUCACAAGGGUCGGCACAGUCCUCUUCUGCCAGGUUAGAAGACCGGGGUGCCAAUUUAGGAGCAGAAAUGAUGCCAACCGGAACCGGGAGUGACCGGAACUCUGUAAGCUCUCAGGGCAGCAACGGGCAUCACAGCCAGCAUCGGAUCUACCCAGCUUUCGGUAAAACAUCUUCUUCAUUCGACGAAUCGACGGCCAAAGUCUUAGAGAUCCGAGGAAUCCAGAAGCAAGACUUGGUGACAAACUCGACCCCCAGUUUCACCAGUUACCCCCCUAGUAAACCCCCCGAGCAGGCAAGAAUCAGAUCAAGAGAGCCUUCCCAAGAGCAUUUCUUAUCUCAAACCGAGGUCACGAUAUGCCCCCGUAAAACCCCCAUGCUGCACUCCCUGUCCCAAGACGGCACCCGACUUUUGGAAGACCGAGGUGACCCGUUUAGUGGAAACAAGCCUCAAGAACCCGCCGACUCCCAGGAUGCAAGGCAAGCGCACCGACCCGAGCGCUUCGCCACCGCGCUGCGGAACGAGAUCCAGAUGAGAAGGGCUCAGCUUCAGAAGAGCCGAAGCGCGGCCGCCCUGUGCGAAUCGGGCGACCCGGACGAACAGCCUCCUGCUCGGAAGCCCGCGGACCACGCCCCGCCCCCCUCGGACGGCUCCUUCACCGACACCUACAAGGAUCAUCUCAAGGAGGCCCAAGCCAGAGUGCUCAAAGCCACGUCUUUCAGGAGGCGGGACCUGGAACCGGUGCUGCCCGAGCACCCGGGUCCCGACGCCCUAUCCGUCUCUAGGAAGGACGGUGCCGGUCUGGCGAGCGUCUCCGAGGCCCCGGCGAGCGGCCCCGCGUCGGGCGCCAACCACGUCGCCCGGAUAGGUGGCAGGAAGCGGAUCCCGGCGGAGAAGAAGGUGCGCUCGUACUCCGAGCCCGAGAAGAUCCACGAUCUCGGCGUGGCCGAGGACGGCGGCGUAUCUCUGGCCAGCAGGCGGAGAGUCUUCGAAGCGACGGGAAGACCCGCCUUCUGCAAGCCCGUCCCGAAGCAAGACCCGCAGACGCCCGAGGACUCCGGGUUUCCCAAAACUGGACCCGGCGGUAGCCCCAAGCGGGACGCCGGUACGAAGGCACCGGACGCUCCCGGCUCCUCACAGAGACUGGGAACUUUCGCCGAAUACGAGGCCACGUGGAACACUCAGAGGAAGGCAGCGGAGGCGAGAGCGCCCGGGAGGUUCCACUCGGCCGAUAACAUCCUCGAUUCGGGGGUGGAGGAGCGGCGUAAACCCUCCUACUUCCACGAAAGAUCACGAUCCUCUCCGUCUGAUGACUUCUAUGGACAGAACGUUCCGGUACAGGGAAGGACAUCAGCUGAUCAGCCUCCACCUGAGAGAGAGCUCGGCGCUCACGGCAGCACCGCCGGAUCACGAAUUAGUGACGGCGGGCGCAAGGACUCGGCACCGUCGCCGCUGACCGAACGAGACCCGGUACCCACGAGGUCUCCUCCGAACGCCGCCGGUCCUCCUCAUUUGGUCGCCGAACCCUCGCAGAGACCUCCGCCCCCGCCGCACCCGGACGACCCCGUUACAGACGCCGCCUCCGUCUCCCUAAACGAACGGGAGGAGCCUGGAGCGGACGCCAUGCCCGUUUCCUCCGACCCUCCCGCCCAUCUGACCCCACCCGCCGUGGAGGACCAGCGCGCGCCCUCGCCCCACUUCGCUCCCCAGAGACUGACCGACAAGCCCCCGCUGUCCCUCGUCCAGCAGGAUGAAGCCUCCGGAGGGAUGGACAAGCUGACGGACGACAGCAGCGCGGUGAAGAAAGUGCCCAUCAGAAUCGUCCACUCCGAAACCGACACGGAGGACGAUCGACAGUACCUUCGGCUGAACAGCGGGGCCCCUCUCGCCUCACCGGGGGCCCCGCUCGCGCCUCUGUCCGCCCUGGGCGGCCCGGACGAGUCUCCCUCUCCGUUCUGCCCGUACACGCCCCGGCACCGGGCCCCCGGCGCGGAUCGGAGGACCGACGGCGUCCCCUCGCUCGCCGAGGACGAGCUGACCCGAGACAUCAUCGACAGAGAUAAAUCGCUGGCGGACAUUCUGGACCAGAGCAAGAGGAUGACCACCAUGGACCUGAUGGAGGGGAUCUUUCCUCAGGGGGAGCAGCUGGUGGAGGAGGCGCAUCAGCGCAGGAGGGCCACGCCCAAACCGAGCGCGUCACGCGGCACCGAGGAGAGGAGGGAGGAGGACACGGCGGCGGCGGCGGCGGCGGCUCUGGUUACCAGCUCGGCGUAUUACAGCACGUCGGCUCCUAAAGCCGAGCUGCUCAUUAAGAUGAAGGACAUGCAGGAGCAAAGCGUGGAUCUGGAGUCUGAGGAGGAACUGGAGGAGGAGAACGACACCGAGCUGGCCAACAAGAAGCACGAGCUGAUCGACAGCCUCAGUAAGAAGCUGCAGGUCCUGCGGGAGGCGCGAGAGAGCCUGCAGCAGGACGUCCAGGACAACAACGCUCUGGGGGACGAGGUGGAGGUCACCGUGCAGGCCGUCUGCAAACCCAACGAGCUGGAGAAGUUCCGCAUGUUCGUGGGGGACCUGGACAAGGUGGUCAGCCUGCUGCUGUCUCUGUCCGGGAGACUGGCACGGGUGGAGAACGCCCUCAACAGCCUGGAGGAGGACGCACCGGACGAGGAGAGGCGCACCCUGGUGGACAAGCGCAAGCUCCUGAUCCGGCAGCACGAGGACGCCAAGGAGCUGAAGGAGAACCUGGACCGGCGAGAGCGCGCGGUCUACGACAUCCUGACCAGCUACCUGCGGGAGGACAGCAUGGCCGACUACGAGCACUUCGUCAAGAUGAAGUCGGCCCUGAUCAUCGAGCAGCGCAAACUGGAGGACAAGAUCAAACUGGGCGAUGAGCAGCUCAAGUGUCUCCUGGACAGUUUACCCUUAGAGCAGAGGCCCCGGUACUGAGAGGCGACCCGGCCCGACCCGGCCCGGCACCAUCGGGGGGUGGGGUGGGGGGGCACAUUUCAGUUUUUUGUUUGGUUUUGUUUUGUUUUGUUUUGUUUUUGACCUGACCAGACGCUUCUCGGAGGGUUCCGGGCACUUUCUGUGUAGACCGUAUGAACGGGCGUGUGCUCGGGCUGCACCUUCACCACUAAAUAAGGAGCGUAGACUGUUAAAGUGGACGAAUUCUGGUGCACAAAGCGAUCGGUCCUGCCUCACAUUUCAGAGUAUUCUCGCUGCUGUAGUGCUGCUUUCAACCACUAGAGGGCGACAAUGGAACACUUUCCAGGACCCAUAGAGACUCUAUAACAUGAUUAUUUACAGCUCAUCCAGCUCAUAUUCCUAAUCACUGUGUAUAAUUCUAACAUAAACACGUGUGCACCUACUUCCUGUGAUCAGAACGUCUAACCGCGGCGUUAUACGGUGCUUUAUUUCAAAUCCUUUCAAACAAUGUGAUGUUUUUUAGUAAUUUAUUGUAGGCUUUUAAAUCUGUAAAUGAGAUUAGCCUGUGCUAGUGUGAACCCGCCGGCGUUCCUUUAUAGCCUGUAACAGUCGGACUUCACCUGCCUGAGCGAUUCGAUUCUCUCACUGUGAUUCAGCGCUUCUCUAUUAAAUCCCAGCUGCCGUUUACUGAGUUUA